CUCUGCGUUUCGUGGUUCGCCUCGGUUCGCAAAACUUCAUACAAUGAAUACAUUCGCAAGGCAAUCUCUAGACAGCAUCUCCCUGUCACCGGAAACGAACUCAUUCAUAACACCUCCUUCGCACAGACGAGACUCUUCUUGGAGGGCAAGAGGUGAAAGUAAAACAUCAAAGAUGGACUCUUCGACAGAUCAAGCUAUUUCCGGAGAUCAGCCUAUGUUCAACAUCGAGCGGCCACAUCACAACGACGUACUUUCAGGACGAGGUGUCACCACCAAUAGGCAUGAAGGUAACUCCAAUUUUAGAGGUUUGGUAGCUUUGAACAAGGAAUUAUACGUCACAAGCACGAAAAGACAAAAGAUGCAGAUAUCUCGAAGUAUUGUCGAUGCGGUGCGGAGCUUGAAUCCGCCAGGUCGAUUUCUUGAAAAGAAUCCAGAAACAAGACUUUACAGCGAUAUCGGCGAGCGGAAGGCAAUUGAAAAAACGAGCCAGGCACUUCGCGAUGGAGCCUCCAGCCUUCGUAAGCAGCUUUCCGAAGAUCUAGGAGAUCCAGAUUUUCUAACUGCAGUAUUUGAUGGAGACAGUACAUCCAGCUUCAUGGACAAAACGAAAUCACUGAAGACUAAAGCUAUGAAGAAAGGCCAUAGACGUACUAAGUCAACGCCUGAUGCACCCACGGUAUCGAAGCAUAAGUCCCCGGUGCGGAAGAUGAAGUUAUCGGAUCAUCCAUUAUCUCCCAAUAUGCCGCAGCGACGGUCAAUUCCGCUGAAGGCUCCACGGUCACAGCCGGCGUCCCCGAUGGACGGGAGACGCCGGGGUCCGUACGCAGAGUCCCCGUCGCCACCUCCCUUUCCUUCGCACCAGGAAUUCCAAGCUUUUCAAAAAUCAAAUAGGCCUCACGGGUUCGGUGCUUCAAGCAUCUAUAGAUCCCAUGGUGGCCAAUACGAUGCUUCUUACCAUCCAGAACCACCCGCCCAAUGGCACCAUGGUCCUGCAAGGCACCACGGGUGCUACCUUUCUCCAGUGUACAUUGGCUAUCCACCACCUCCGUACCAACCGCACCCAUCGCAUCGCCCGACUUCUCCAGACAGUAAUUUACAUAUACGUAGACCUCCCUUGUCUCCUGGCGAUCGUUCUUGGUCAUCUGGCACAUUUAUUACGCAAGGACAGUCUCCGCGGCCGAUGAAGCGACAGCAUUCCCCGCCAUCGUUUACAGGAUACUCAGGAAGCGAGCUGUCUGUUCCUCCUUUAGAACGCGGCGGACACAAGGACUAUUUUCGCACUCCAAUCCAGCCAACGUCGUCGCCUUCAACAGAACUCUCUCCACGUGCAAGGCCAAACGAUUUCUACAGCGACCUGUAUGGAACGCAUCUCACCAGUACGGUCCAAGAUUUCCUUCCACCGCCAUCACCAGGUCGAGCAGCGCAUACGGCAGGUAGUUUUGGCUCCAGCACGGGAGGACGCGGAUCCUACAAUGCAGCGCUCAAUGCGGGAAAACCGCGUAACGCACGAUCCUUUCAGAACGAUGUUUUCAGCACGAAGAGCUACUUAUCUGAAGAUGCUUGCGGGACGAGCCCGACUGUUGUUUCUUCAGAUAUAUUCCAGGGAUCACUCUCAGGAAAGUCGAUUAGUCAGGAAAUUAGCAAGAAACUGAAGAGCGAAACGGAAACUGAUAGUUUUUUGUGCUAUCCGACCGACGAAGACGACAUUGAGGGCGUAGAACGGGCUCUUUCGCCUCUCCCGUAUGAUCGGAACGAUGUUGGUGAUUGGAUGGAUAUGUCCGACGAUCUUUUGAAACUUCCUAUUGCAUCAUGCGGACCUUAUGAUGUAAAUAUGGACGCGAGUGUCCGGGCAAUCUAAUUUGGUACUGAAAAGUGGAUGGUCCGAAAGGGUAUGGAAAGGUUGUGCAUGUUUAAAAAUGUGUUUUUGUGAUGUAACAGUCCGUGUUCUGUGAAAGUAGUUUUCAUAAUGUGGAUAUUUCACUAUCAAUGAUCCUUGAAGUAAAGAUACAAUACUUUGGC